GUUCUGCAAAAUAAUCAUGAGAGAGAUUCAAAAGUGAUUCGGGCAGCAGGAGAAGUUGCUUUCUAAUGUAACUCAGAGUGCCCAAAACCACAAGUUUGGACGAAAAAUAGCUCCAAAACGUCCACAUGGCCCAAGGGCACUAUCCCUACAAUCAAACAACCAUCUCUUAUCGCCAAACAUGUGGGUACUAUUGACAACCUACUAACGCCCGCCCGCCCAUAUAUCAUACUUCUUUCCAACCUCAAUCAUACACUUCCUUUCAGUUAUUUCCUUAUAAACUCCACAGCAGAAACAGUAUCACAUUCCUGUCUAUCACCCUCUAUUCCUCUCAAAAGCAUCAUGGUCUUGGUAGCAAGCGAUGGUGGAAAAGAAGGAGUAAAUGAUGGAAAUACAGUAGAUUUUCGAGGAAAUCCAGUGGACAAGUCAAAAACAGGAGGAUGGCUUGCCGCAGGGCUCAUCCUAGUCACCGAACUCUCGGAGAGGAUAGUUGUGAUGGGUAUCUCGAUGAAUUUAGUGACGUACCUCGUUGGAGAUUUGCAUCUCUCAUCAGCUAAAUCUGCAACCGUUGUCACGAACUUCAUGGGCACCCUUAAUCUUCUUGGUCUUCUUGGAGGCUUCUUGGCAGAUGCUAAACUUGGCCGCUACCUGACAAUUGCCAUAUUUGCAUCCAUCACUGUUUUGGGGGUGAUUUUAUUAACAGCAGCCACAACAAUUCCCAACAUGAUACCAUCUCCAUGCGAUGACUAUAGAAGAAAACACCAUCAGUGCAUAGAGGCAAAUGGCCAGCAACUAGCCAUGCUAUAUGCUGCACUCUAUACCAUUGCAUUAGGUGGUGGUGGAAUCAAAUCAAAUGUAUCAGGUUUUGGAUCUGACCAAUUUGAUGCAGCUGACCCCAAGGAGGAGAAGGCAAUGAUUUUAUUUUUCAAUAGAUUUUAUUUUUGCAUCAGCAUUGGGUCUUUAUUUGCGGUGAUAGUGCUGGUUUAUAUACAAGAUGAUGUAGGAAGGGGGUGGGGCUAUGGAAUUUCGGCAGGGACAAUGGUGAUUGCAGUGAUUGUAUUGCUCUGCGGCACACCAUGGUAUCGAUUCAAGAAGCCUCGAGGAAGUCCCUUAACUGUCAUAUGGAGAGUAUUUUUACUGGCUUGGAAGAAGAGAGGACUUCAUCACCCUUCUCCUCCCAGCCUUUUGAAUGAAUAUGAAAACGCCAGUGUCCCUCACACAAAGAGGUUCAACUGUCUUGACAAGGCUGCGAUACUAGAAGAUUAUACUGCUGCCUCCAGAAACAAAAGCGACCCUUGGAUAGUUUCAACUGUCACUGAAGUUGAAGAGGUGAAGCUGGUACUGACGCUUUUCCCCAUUUGGUCAACCUGCAUCCUCUUUUGGACUAUAUAUUCUCAAAUGACUACUUUUACAAUAGAGCAAGCAACUUUCAUGAACAGAAAAGUCGGUUCCUUAACCAUUCCUUCGGGGUCUUUUUCUGCCUUUCUCAUCAUCACCAUUCUCCUCUUCACUUCCUUAAAUGAAAGGCUGUUUGUUCCUCUGGCCCGGAGAAUCACACACAAUGCCCAAGGACUCACCUGCCUUCAAAGGGUUGGAAUAGGUCUCAUUCUCUCAAUAGCUGCCAUGAUGGCAGCUGCCAUUAUUGAGAAAGAAAGGAGGGAAAACGCUGUUGAAAAUAAAAUCCAAAUAAGUGCUUUCUGGCUGGUCCCUCAGUUUUUUCUAGUGGGAGCAGGAGAAGCGUUUGCCUACGUUGGACAAUUAGAGUUUUUCAUCAGAGAGGCACCAGAGAGGAUGAAAUCAUUGAGCACAGGGUUUUUCCUAAGCACCCUCUCAAUGGGUUUCUUUGUCAGCAGUUUGCUGGUUUCUAUUGUCGACAAAGUGACUAAGAAAUACUGGCUCAGGAGCAAUUUGAAUAAAGGCAAGUUAGAUUACUUCUAUUGGAUGCUUGCCGUGCUAGGGGGGCUAAAUUUCCUGGUUUUCAUUGCCUUUGCAAGGAAACAUCAGUAUAAAGUGCAACAGUAUAAUUGGUCUAGCGAUGCUGCGCAGGAGGAACAAAACUCUUCGAAGGAAAUGAUAGUAGUAAUGAAAGAUAGCUUGGAGGGACCAUAGUUUCUGUGAUUAUAUAUGACAUUUCGUUUUUGAGUGAAGUUUUCUUUGAGUGCAAAAAAAAUAAUUCUAUAUGGCAUUUGGUUGUAUUUAGAUCCUAAUAUUCAUAUUCUCUUUAUAAUGGUUAUAAAAGUCAAAAAUCAAUGCUCA